AAGGGAGGGUAUGACGAGACUCCUCCUUCUCCAUUCUUUCUUGUGUCUUUGACGCGAACGACUGUCUUUCGGAGAGCUCCCAGUGAGUUGCAACACGUCUGUAACGACACGAGCAGUAGCAAGCUCCAACAACUUUUUGGCCAAGCUGCAGACUGCUUGGGUGAGGUCACGAGAGCCAUUCUUUAUCGCUCGCGGCUUCCAUCCCAGAUCCCCACACCCCACAUCUAGCUUCCUAGUCCCCGCGGACGAAGAAAGAUCACAAUGCGCACAGCGUGCCUCAGGGCAGCGAGCUCUGCCACCAAGCUCGCUCGUUCUACACGUGUCGCGCAGCUGCCUCGCCCAACUCUCGCAAAAUGCAUACAGCGAGUAGUUGUGGGCCAUGGCCAGCAAUUUAGAGCAUUCCAGCAAGCUGUGGCUGUCCAGCCCACGGAGGAUGUCUUCGAGACACCCAAGCAGAGUACCGACUCUGCAAAGCCCACUGAGGCGCUCGACACAUUUCCCCGCAGACACAUUGGCCCUUCUGCCGAUUCGACAGAGGCUAUGCUGAAGGCCCUGGACCCGCCUGUGAGCAGCUUGGAUGAGUUUGUGCGCCAGGUCAUUCCAGCAGACAUCCUCAACGACCGCGAGCUCAGCGUUGGAAAACUCUCAGACCGACAUGGCGCAGAUUGGCAGGCAAACGGCGUGCCUGAGUCUGUCUUCCUCAAGAACGCAAAGCGCAUCAUGGGUCAGAACAGGCCAGGAAAGAGCUUGAUCGGUCAGGGCUACUACAACACCAAUGUUCCCGAGGUCAUCAAGCGCAAUGUGCUCGAGAACCCUCAGUGGUACACCAGCUAUACUCCAUACCAGCCUGAGAUCAGUCAGGGUCGCUUGGAGUCGCUUCUCAACUUCCAGACUAUGGUGACCGACCUGACUGGCCUUCCGAUUGCCAACGCCUCGCUGCUCGACGAGCCUACAGCUGCUGCUGAGGCUAUGACCAUGUCCUUUGGUUCGCUGCCAGGGCCGCGCCAGAAGCGUCUGAACAAGACAUUCCUCGUUUCCUCUGCUUGCCACCCCCAGACCAUCCAGGUCCUCCGCUCGCGUGCUGAAGGAUUCGGCAUCAAGAUUGAAAUCGCAGAUGUGCUCGCAGACAACAGCAAGCGCGUAGAGGAGCUUGGGCAAGACCUCGUUGGUGUUUUGGCACAGUACCCUGACACCGACGGUGGUGUCAGCGACUUCCGUGGUCUCGCAGACAAAGUUCACAAGCAGGGUGCGCUCUUCAGCGUAGCCACAGAUCUCCUUGCCCUUACUCUGCUCACUCCACCGGGAGAGUAUGGCGCAGAUAUUGCUUUUGGAAAUGCACAGCGUUUCGGUGUGCCACUUGGCUUUGGUGGCCCUCACGCUGCGUUCUUCGCCAGUGUCGACAAGCACAAGCGCAAGAUCCCUGGACGUAUCAUCGGUCUUUCGAAGGACAGGCUGGGCAACCCGGCGGCGCGCCUUGCCUUGCAGACACGAGAGCAGCAUAUUCGACGUGAGAAAGCGACAAGUAAUGUCUGCACAGCGCAGGCGCUGCUUGCCAACAUGAGCGCUAUGUACGCUGUCUACCACGGACCCAACGGUCUGACACAGAUUGCAAAGCAGGUCGUAGCAAAGACCAGGCUUGUGCAGCAAGCACUUAUCGAGGCCGGAUACAAGACCGGUACACGCGCAAAUCUCGACGACGCCCCAGCUGCAUUCGACACCUUCGUUGUGGAGACCGGCAAUAACACCGAACCAUUAAUCGCUGAGCUGGAGCGCAACGAGAUUCUGGUGCGCAAGGUGGACGAUAGCCACAUUGGUUUAUCUUUCGAUGAGACUACCACCUCGCAGACCAUCUCUGCGCUGCUCAAGACUCUGACCAACGGCAACGCCAAGGUUGACUUCUCUCAGGAAGUUGCUAUCGAGGCGCCUGAGGGAUACAAGAGGACUACUGAGUUCUUGACACACCCAGUCUUCAACUCGUACCAUUCUGAGACCGAGCUGUUGCGCUACAUCAACCACCUGGCAUCCAAAGACCUGUCUCUCGUCCACUCGAUGAUCCCUCUUGGUUCAUGCACAAUGAAGCUCAACGCAACAUCCGAGAUGGCACCUGUGUCUUGGGAAACUACAGGCGAUCUGCACCCAUUCCUGCCCCUUGAGCGCGCGAAGGGUUACCUUGAGAUGAUCGACCAGCUCGAGCGCGACCUUGCUGACAUUACUGGCUUUGAUGCUGUAUCGCUGCAGCCUAAUUCCGGUGCCCAGGGUGAAUUCGCCGGUCUACGUGUUAUUCGCAAGUACCUUGAGCAGCAGCCAGGCAAGAAGCGCGACAUUUGCUUGAUUCCCGUCUCUGCCCACGGUACCAACCCUGCUAGUGCAGCUAUGUGCGGUAUGCGCGUUGUGCCUGUCAAGUGCGACACCGCCACCGGCAACCUCGACAUCGCUGAUCUCAAGGUCAAGUGCGAGAAGCACAAGGAUGAGCUCGGCGCUUUCAUGAUCACAUACCCCUCCACUUUUGGUGUCUUUGAGCCUGCUGCUAAGGAAGCUUGCGAUUUGAUCCACCAGUACGGAGGUCAGGUGUACAUGGACGGUGCUAACAUGAACGCCCAGAUUGGUCUAUGCUCACCUGGCGAGAUCGGCGCUGAUGUUUGCCAUCUCAACCUUCACAAGACCUUCUGCAUUCCUCACGGCGGUGGUGGCCCAGGUGUUGGACCCAUCGGUGUGAAGAGCCACCUCGCUCCCUUCCUGCCCGGUCACUUGCGCAACGAGACUGGUGGCGCACAAGCUGUUUACCCCAUCUCCGGUGCACCAUGGGGCAGCGCCUCCAUCUUGCCCAUUUCUUGGGCAUACAUCAAGAUGAUGGGCUCUGUUGGACUGACACAGGCCACCAAGAUCACACUGCUGAACGCUAACUACAUCCUCUCCAAGCUCAAGCCUCACUACCCUAUCCUGUACACCAACGCCGAAGGUCGCUGCGCUCACGAGUUCAUCCUCGAUGUGCGCGGCUUUAAUGAGACCGCUGGUGUCGAAGCCAUCGACAUCGCCAAGCGUCUGCAAGACUACGGCUUCCACGCCCCGACCAUGAGCUGGCCUGUCGCCAACACUUUGAUGAUCGAGCCAACCGAGUCCGAGAGCAAGGCCGAGCUUGAUCGUUUCUGCGAUGCCUUGAUUUCCAUCCGCAAGGAGAUUAAGGACAUCGAGGAUGGCAAGCAGCCUAAAGGUGCUGGCAAGAACUUGCUCACAAAUGCGCCCCACAGCCAGCAGGAUCUUAUCAUUGGCAACUGGGACCGCUCGUACAGUAGGGAAGAUGCUGCAUACCCUCUGGCGUACCUGAAGGAGAAGAAGUUCUGGCCUAGCGUUACCAGGCUCAAUGAUGCCUACGGUGACACCAAUCUCUUCUGCACAUGUGCACCCGUGGAAGCCGAGGGCGGCGACAUCACCGGUGCAGCUGCUCCCAACCCUACCUAAACCACUCACUCUCAACACCGAGUGGCAGUUCUUGAGUUUUUGACGUUUUGCUGCAUUUACGUUCAACACCAGCGUGGGAGUCCGGCGCCUCAACAUAUCCCUUCCUUCAACACAGCUGGUAUCCUCUAUGGGUUGCAUAUGAAUUGGCGUUUGGGUGGAUAGAGUCUGAUCGAGAGACUGUGUGGGGAUAAAUUCUAGAGCAAAAGUAGGAUGACGGAUUCAACAAGUCGUGCAUGUUCACAAUUGUUACUCCUGCGCACUAUGGGUGUUGACGUGACGUAUCGAGAAGUGGAGGUGGCCACAGCGCUGAAUAAACGGUAUCCACGUGCAUUAACUCCUUGCUCUGGUCUAUCAAACCUGACCGCCUG